UUCUUCAUCUUCCCAGGGGGAAUCUUCAACCCACCUAAGAGAAACCACCCACAGCCACCUCUGCCACCUCUGCAACCAUCUGCAAUUUUCUGUUUCUGCAUGUGGCUAUUUUAGGAAGCUCAUGAAUGUGCAGGCAUACUAUACUCAUCUUUUUAUGACUGCCUUAUUUACCUUAGCAUAAUGUCCUCAAGGUUCUUCUAAAUUAAGAGCAGUAAUGCUGUUCUUCCUGCUGACUCACCAGUAUUUCAGCAGCGUGUAAGCCGUGAAACUCUUUGUGGUCCAGAAGCAGCUAUUUCUACACGAGCACAUCAGUGGAUACUACAGGGUGUCGUCUUAUUUCUUUGGAAAUAUUUUAUCUGACUUACUAGCCAAGAGGUUCUUGCCAAGUUUUAUAUUUACUUUUAUAGUAUACUUCAUGGUGGGAUCAAAACCAGCAGUGGAGGCUUUCUUCAUCAUGAUCUUUAUCCUCAUGAUGAUGGCUUUUUCAUCCACUUCCAUGUCACUGGCCAUAGGAAUAAGUCAUAGUGAUGUAACUAUAACAAGACAGGUCAUGAACAUCUAUUUUACUUUUAUGUUGAUUUUUUUGGGUCUGACAUUGUAUUUUGGAAGCAUGGCUCCUCAGAUCUUGUGGCUUCAGUACUUCAGCAUUCCUUAUUAUGGCUUUACAGCUUUGCAGCAUAAUGAAUUUUUGGGACGAUACUUCUGUCCAGCCCUCAGUAUAACACCUGGCAAUAACUGUCCAAACUACGUAAU